GAAUACCAGAAGGAAUUUCCAGAUAUUCCCAUUGGGUAUUCCGGCCACGAGUCUGGGAUCAGUAUUUCAGUUGCUGCCGUAGCUCUGGGGGCAAAGGUCAUCGAGCGUCAUAUAACCUUGGACAAGACAUGGAAAGGAAGUGACCACGCCGCCUCGCUGGAGCCCUCCGAGCUGACCGAGCUGGUUCGUUCCAUCCGACUGGUGGAGAGGGCGAUGGGGAGCGGCCUCAAGAAGAUGUUAGCUUGUGAGAAGCCAUGCCAUGAUAAACUGGGUAAGUCAGUGGUGGCCAAAGUCAAGAUCCCCAGAGGAACUGUCCUGACUCUGGACAUGUUGACAGUGAAGGUGGCCGAGCCCAUGGGCGUCGUGGCCGAGGACAUCUUCCAGCUGGUCGGUAAGAGCGUGACGGAGGACGUGGAGCAGGACGAGAGCGUCGCGCCAGAAGUAGUGGACAGCUACGGCAAGAAAGCCAAGUGCUGAGGGUGGCACAGAGUUUAGAAAUGGGUAAUAAAAAGGCACUUAAUUUGAGAGGAGACGAGAUCGAUUCCUCUGGGGGUUUUUGGGAAGGAGCUCAGUAUGACACAGGCACGCGUGUCAUGGUAAUUUUGUUUGGUGCUGCUCAGAUAUCUGAAGUUAUGGACGAUCAGUAACUUGUAUAAUUGGACAGGGCAUUGAUGUUAUAGUUUCAAAGCUCAAAGGGAAAGCUCAAAUAACUCAUUCGACCCCUUUGUUUUUCUUUGCCAAAGACUUUUUAAUUUUCUAAAAGUCGCCUUAAUGUAACUCACUAAACUUUCGGCAAUCAGGCUCUUUCAUUAAACCCACUAAUAUCUCCCCAGAGGCUCAGUAGUAGUUUCAGCUCUAUAGUCAGUACUAGUGCAGUGCUUUCUGAGGUGGCACAAAAGCCAGUUGUUACUGAUAACUAAACAUUGCACUAUAGUUUUAGCCUGUACUUAAGAGAUUGAAUAAAUACUGAGCACAUGAAGCUGCUACUUGUCAUCUCAUCACACAACCUUGAGAUCACAGAGCCUAUUUGCCAAACAGUCAGUGUGCUCUUCUUGUACCAUUGAGCUGUCAAGAUUGUCAACUGGUGCCAGGAUAUUUAGUUUGCGGUGUAAGGCAGGGUUUGUGUUUGUAGUCAGUAAGUAAAGCUGCUGGAGCCAGAUGCAUAAAACUGUGCACACAUUGUCCCACUCUCACAGUCAACCUUGUUUUUGUCAUAAACCAUACUCUUUCUGUCUUUGUUCUGGCACCAACAGCGUCUUCUAAUUGUGCUCUCAGGAUGAAGGAUGAUAACACAUGUAUAAAUGUGGAAAUCUCUUCAGACUGUUGAAAUCUAAGAAUUAAGAUGUUCUGAAAAGAUGAAACCUCCAAAUAAAAUAUUCCUCAAAUUCCC